AUGCUGCUGGGCGCCUUCACGAUGCUGCUGGGGGCGCUGCUGGUGCUGAGCCGCAGCCCGAUGUUCUCCUGCCUGCUCACGGGCGGCCUGUACCUGGCGCUGCGGCUCUUCAGCCUGGAGCCGGUCUCCCUGCAGCGGGCCCAGCACAUUGUGCAGCCCCGCGGCUCCGCCGCCCGCAUCGCCCACCGCGGCGGCGGGCACGACGCGCCCGAGAACACGCUGGCGGCCAUCAGACAGGCAGCUGAGAAUGGAGCCACAGGCGUGGAGCUGGACCUUGAAUUCACUGCAGAUGGCAUUCCCAUUCUAAUGCAUGAUGAUACAGUAGAAAGGACAACUGAUGGGUCUGGGAGUUUACGUGAUUUUACGUUUGAAGAAAUUAGGAAGCUUAAUCCAUCUGCAAAACAUAGACUAUGGAGAGAUUUCCGGGGUGAAAAAGUACCAACUUUGAAAGAAGCCGUUAUGGAAUGUAUGCAUUAUAACCUCAUAAUCUACUUCGAUGUCAAAGGCCAUGCAAAUCAGGCAGUUGGUGCCCUAAAACUCCUCUAUCUGGAAUAUCCUCGUUUGUACAACAGUAGCAUUGUCUGCUCUUUCAUACCAGAGAUCGUCUAUAAGAUGAGGCAAUCUGACAGGAAUGUUGUUACAGCAUUAACACACAGGCCCUGGAGCCUUAGUCAUUUUGGAGAUGGGAAGCCUCGUUUUGAUUGCUUUUGGAAGCACUAUGGGUAUAUGAUGAUGGACAUCAUUAUGGACUGGAGCCUGCACAACUUCUUGUGGUACCUGUGUGGGGUUUCAGCUUUCCUCAUGCAGAAAAAUUACAUUUCACAAGAGUAUGUGAGGCAGUGGUCUUCACAAGGAGUUCAAGUGGUUGGCUGGACGGUGAACACACUUACAGAAAAAAUGUACUAUGAGACCAUCCUUGAGACCAGCUACAUCACAGACAGCUUGGUGGAGGACUGUGAUCCUCACUAUUAGACUUACACUGUAUGGGACUCUGAAAUAUGCCAUCCUGGUUCAUGCAGAUCUGAGUUCAGCACCAGAGGGUCCAAAGAUGCAGAAUGAGGCUGCAUACAUAAGUUGGGUUUUUUGCUUGUACUGUAUGAUUGGAUCUUAAAUCACAGCAAACCCCUCAGUCACACUACUAGGCUGAGCCACAAUCAGCAUUAGUGCUGGGGAGAAAUGUUGCGUGCGUCUGCUAUCAGAGGAAAUUGCUGUAUGGUCUAAAAAGAUCAGUUUUGAUCAACUGAUCUGGUAACUAGUAGUUCAGACAGGUUGCUUAUAAGUCAACUGUUUCUUUACUUGAUUUAACCCUUGAUUUUAAGUCAUCAGCAGCUUUUGAAUGCCUAAUUUUAAACUGUACAUUAAACAAUCUGCUCCUCAAAUAGUAGUGUGGUCUACCUCUACCGCAAUGUUA